UGCGCUGCGGGCUGGCGCCACUCCGCCGCCGGCGCUCGGAGGAUGCCGCGGGGCGCGGCGCUGCACGGACACACGCCGCGGGCCGCGCGCUAAGUCGGCGCUGCCCGCGCCCGGGAUGCUGAGCGCCCGCCCGCAGCGCUGUCAAAGAGAGUGAAAGAUGAAGCCUCCCAUUCUCUUGGUUCUUGUGAUCUGUACUGUAGUCAGCACAAAUUGGAAGCUGGUGUCAAAGAGAAAUUCUGUUGACGGUUGCAUUGACUGGUCAGUGGAUCUCAAGACAUACAUGGCUUUGGCAGGUGAACCAGUCCGAGUGAAAUGUGCCCUUUUCUACAGCUAUAUCAGAACUAAUUAUAGCAUGGCCCAAAGCACAGGUCUUAGGCUUAUGUGGUACAAAAACAAAGGAGACUUAGAAGAACCUAUUAUAUUUUCUGAAGUUAGGAUGAGCAAAGAUGAAGAUUCAAUAUGGUUUCAUUCGGUUGAGUUGCAAGACAGUGGUUUCUACACGUGCGUUUUAAGAAACUCUACGUACUGCAUGAAGGUGUCCAUGUCCUUGACUGUCGCUGAUAAUGAAUCGGGGCUUUGCUACAACAGCCAGAUCCGAUAUUUAGAAAAAUCAGAAGUCACUAAAAGAAAGAUAAUCUCCUGCCCUGAUAUUGAUGAUUAUAAAAUAUCCAAUCAGGAGCCAGAUGUGGUAUGGUACAAGGAAUGUAAACCAAAAAUGUGGAGAAGCAUAGUAAUUCAGAAAGGAAAUACUCUUCUAAUACAAGAAGUCCAGGAAGAAGAUGGAGGAAAUUAUACCUGUGAACUGAAGUUUGAAGGCAAGCUAAUACGAAGAACAACCCAAUUAAAGGUUACAGCUUUACUCACAGACAAACCUCCAAAGCCUUUGUUCCCCAUGGAGAACCAGCCAACUGUUAUAGAUGUCCAGCUGGGUAACCCACUUACCGUUCCCUGCAAAGCUUUCUUUGGAUUCAGUGGAGAAUCACGCCCCGUGAUCUACUGGAUGAAAGGAGAAAAAUUCAUCGAAGAACUCGAAGGUCACAUUAGAGAAGGCGAAGCCAGACUCCUCAAAGAACAUCUGGGAGAAAAAGAAGUCCAACUAAUGUUGAUCUUUGAUGCUGUCGAGGAGGCGGAUCUGGCUAAUUACACCUGCCACGUAGAAAACAGAAAUGGGCAUAAACACGCCAGCGUUCUUCUGCGCAAAAAAGACUUGAUCUACAAAAUUGAGCUGGCUGGAGGACUGGGAGCUAUCCUGCUUCUGUUUGUUUUGCUCGUGACCAUCUAUAAGUGCUACAACAUCGAGUUAAUGCUGUUCUACAGGCAGAACUUUGGAGGCGAUGAAGCUGCAGACGACAACAAGGAAUACGAUGCCUAUCUCUCCUACACCAAAGUAGAUCCAGAUGCACUAGACUGUGAAAACAAUGAAGAGGAGCAGUUUGCACUUGAAAUACUGCCAGAUGUUCUGGAAAAACAUUAUGGAUAUAAACUCUUCAUUCCAGAUAGGGACCUGAUCCCGAGCGGGACAUACAUUGAAGAUCUCACAAGAUGUGUUGAGCAAAGCAGAAGACUCAUUAUCGUGUUAACUCCAGACUAUGUUCUCAGGAGAGGAUGGAGUAUUUUUGAGAUGGAAAACAGACUCCAUAACAUGCUAGUCAGUGGAGAAAUCAAAGUUAUUUUGAUUGAGUGUACUGAAUUGAAAGGGAAAGUGAAUUACCACGAAGUGGAGUCUUUAAAGCACACCAUCAAGCUUCUGUCAGUGGUCAAGUGGAAGGGCCCAAAAAGCAGCAAACUUAACUCUAAGUUUUGGAAGCAUUUAGUCUUUGAAAUGCCAGCCAAGAAGAAAGAGGUCGUAUCUCGGCGCCAAGUCCUGGACUCUGCAGAGCAAGGCCUUUUUGGAGACCUUCAGACCGUCCCUUCCAUUGCUGUGACGGGUGCCUCUGCCACGUUGGUAGAGUCGCAAGCAGAUUUAGCGGAUUACCACCAAACUGACUCCAUGCAAAUGAGACAUUAUUGCCGAGGAUAUGAGUAUGACGUGUCAGCGGCAACCUUGCCGCUAGCUUCCAUAAGUAACCAUCACACCUAUUGUAACAUACCCUUGACACUUCUAAAUGGACAGCUACCUCUUAAUAAUACAAUGAAGGACAACCAAGAGUUUCAUAGAAACAACCCGUUGCUACCGUUAUCAUCAAGGGAGCUUAGUUUCACAAGUGAUAUUUGGUAGUGAGGAUCAGAACUCUUGGAAGAUGCUUUCUGAGCACCAUGAAGACACAUUUUUAAAGAACUUUAAACUGAUGCCAUGUGGUGCCAAACCGUGUUUGAAGCAAAGGCACAUUUAUUCACUUUUCUACUUGAACUUUUUUGUUUACAUUUCCAAAUUACUGGCAAAGGGGACCUUCUUUUGUAGUUCAAUCUGUAGUUCAUAUCUUUUAAUGUACAGUUUUAUUGAGUCUUCAAAAGAGAAGGGGAGAAAAAUAUAUACCAUAAUUUUAAAGUAAGUUUUACAAUCUCGGAUGGAUGGAAGUUCAAUGCUGUGUCUGAUCUCCUACAUCCAUAUUUAUGUAAUAGCAUUUCAAAUAUUUACAGAUUUUUUUUUUAAGAAAAUAUAAACUUUAGUAUGGAUUGCAAAUUUUAAACUUAGCAUUCUGUGAAAGCAAAUCACACAGAGCACACUUAAUGAACCUCUCUCGAAAGAAAGUGGUAGAAAACCCUUCCUCUAAUCCUGUCACACAAUACAUUUUAGAAGAUGACCAGUUGAAACAAUGUGGAUAAAGAGCUAUUAGCUUGACCAAUAAAGUACGAUAGUGAAAACAACAGCAGUGUAAAUCACCCGCUCAUGUCAGCAUCUAUUAUUUUUUUGGUUAUUGCAAUAUAUCUGAUUCCUAGUCAAUGGUUAGCAAUGUGUUUUUAUUCAACAAAUUAGUAGAAUACCGGCAGACAUUUAAAAUGAUUUUAAACAACUUUUCUGUGGAUUGUUAGAUUACAGUUUUACAGAUUUUUUAAACAUUUUCAGUACAAACUUAAUUGUCUAUUAAUGAAAUCAUGAUUUAAAAUUUCUUAAGACCUCUUGACCACUUGUAAGAUUUGUACUAAUGGCAAUGUAAUUUUACAUAGGGUUUUUUUUUUCCAAAAUCAGAGUUACAAUUGAAAAUUUACACUUUUACUGAGAAUGUCAGCAAUAGAAAAGAGUUACUACAGCAAUAUUCAAAGGCAAAGUGCUAAAUUAUUCAGGUUUACUAGUAUAUGAACUUCAAUUGCAGUGAUAAUCACCUGAAAUGUAGUUAUGAAACUGAGAACAUGCUGUCUCUAUAGCUACCUAUCAACAUACAUACCUUAUUAAUAUGAAGCAGAAGCAGAAGUAUUUCUUUUCUCUGUGCUUCUGGUUAUACACUGGGAUUCCUAAGCAGGUCUUAUAAUCAGAUCCUGAAUCUUUCGCUCAUGUGAGUAGUUCUGUAAAAUGAGAGUAAUGCUCCUUAUCCUGUACUGUAGGCAUUUGGGGAGCUCUGGUUGAAAGGCAUCAUACAAGUGGUUACAGUCUUGUAUUAAUUGUAUAAGGAGCUUUCUUGUAAAAGGACUAUUCCCAUGCAUGACUAAGGCUUGUAAAUCAGGCCCUUGGAGACCAUUGCAUUCAAGGAAAAUGCUCUAAACAACAGAACUGCUCUUUUUAGUGAGGCAAAACUACCAUUGGCUUUAGUGAGAUUACACCCAACGUGAGACUUAUGCCUCAAUAAAAUGUGCAGGAUCGAAUCCUCUUUAUGGAGGGCAACCUUGCCCAUAUUUCACUCUCUUUUUAGUGUUGUUGCUUUUUUUGUUUGCAUGAGUUAAAGUCUGCACUCUGUACACAGCUGCCUAUGGUUCAGUCAGUCACCGAGCUAGACCUUGCAAAUGGUUCUUAAAUCAUGAGUAAAGAUGAUGCGACCAACUUAAGAAGCAAAGACGUAAGGAUUUGCCCAAAGGUCAUAAGGAUGAUCUCAAAUGUGCAAUAAUCCAUAAAUGUCUGGUAUUUUCCCAUUGCUUCUUUCACGGUAUUUACCACCUUUCUUUUGUUCCCUUUCACAGCAGUUAUGAACUGUAAGAUUUUCAUUCCAUUCCCAAUAAUAUUAGUUUCCCUUACUUUUCUAGACAUACGUGCAUUUGACACCAACACAAAAUGUGGGAACCUAGAAGUGAUAUUUAUUUAUUACACAAUGCAGGACUAUAGCUUGUUCUUUUGUAAAGUUAAGUUCAACAUAUGUAGGUGUUUAAUAUGAAUAUUUUUCUAUUGAAACAGAUGAUUUUACCUCCAUUAUGAAUACCUGUAUUUAAAAAGAACCCCAGAAAUUUACAAAAUUUGCACUGUUUUAUAAGUGUUACCGAUUGUGUUUACACUGGCUAUGUUCUUUAAUGCAAAGUGUAAUUUAAGAAAACUAAAAGAAAAUCCUGCAUGAAGAGUUGCACAUGUUGAAGUGAAAAGCUGUACUUUUCAUUAUUUUCAUUUUCACCUUACUCUAAAAUCUGGUUAAUUCACAUAGACUGUUCAGUGAGAUUUUUAAACCUACUAGUUCUGUAUUGAGCAUGCAAACUCUAAAAACAUAUGCAGGUCUGUCUGCUUCUUUGAUUUGCAAUGAUUAAACAUGGGUAGCCAUUUCA